AUGAAGCUGAUGAGACAAGGAGACCACCAGUUCUUCAAGAAGUUUUAUCGGAUGAGCCCAGCUACCUUUGACAAGCUGCACGAGCUGGUGCCGGCAGAUUUGCAGCGCAUGCACUGCAUACGUGAGCCCCUGGCAUCGGAAGAGCGACUCGCCAUCACUCUGAGCUACCUCGCAUCCGGUCAAGAUGUGAAGGACGUGGCCUUGGCGUACAGGGUCGGGCUGGAAACAGCUCGGCUGGCUGUUCACGAGACCUGCCGCGCCCUCUGGGCCAGACUGUGCCCCAUUUACAUGAAGCCCCCCACGGAGGCUGAAUGGGUCGAAGUGGGAAACGGCUUCUCGCGGAGGUGGCAGUUCCCCAACUGCCUUGGAGCAGUGGACGGGAAGCACGUUGCGAUAACCUGCCCCAAGGACUCUGGCAGCACCUAUAACAACUACAAGGUAUGUCUCUAG